AUGGCGGACGAUUUGGAUGCGGAGCUGCUGGCUCUGGCUGGAGACUCUGAGGAGGAACACUCGCCUCCCCCACAAGAAAAAGAUGAUUCACCAGCACCUUCUGGCUCUCCUCACUUAUCAGAGCGUGAUCAAUCACCCGACACAAUGGGGCGCAGAGGCACCGCCAAACCUGCUCGUCGAGCCCGCAAGGCUGUGAGGGAUGAGGAGGAGGGAGAAAUCUCUGAUGCAGAGUCGCACAACUCCCUCGAUUCUGCUCCUAUGUCCGAGUCGGAUUCCGAAGGUAAUAAUGCUACGGACGACGAGGAUCGCCCUAUUUUCCCAUAUGAUAAGCUCUAUUACUCCGCUAAGGAGAAAGAAGAAAUCAUGGCUAUGCCUGAGAUUCAACGUGAGGAGCUGCUCUCCGAGCGCGCCCAGCAAGUGGAUCGUCACAACCAGGAUCUUGCUCUGCGUCGUUUGUUGGCCUCACGGGAGCGCGAGGAAGCGCGGGCUGCCGCCAAACAAGCCAAGCGUAAGGCUGGAUCUGCCGGACUCGAUGAAUCCCAACGCAAGAGUUCUCGUCAGAAGACUACACUUGGGGGCCGCAAGGUUGGAGAAACCUCCGCAGCCAUUGACGCGUACAAGCGCCAGCGUGAGCAGAAGGGCAAGCGUGAUGAACUCCGUCGUCGGAUAACUAAUCAAUCGCGUCGUCGCUCCCGCUCUCAGGGAUCUGACAUUUCUAACGAGGAUGCCGAGGCAGAGAGCGACUUGGAGUUGGAUGAUCGUGUGGGUCGUUCGCCAUCAGUACCCAAGGAUGAUCCUCCUGCCGAGCUUCGAGAUAUUCAACGUGCUCGUGUCGGACGUAGCAACUUUGCGCAGGUUUGCUUUUACCCUGGAUUUGAAGAAGCUAUUACCGGCUGCUAUGCUCGCGUAAAUAUUGGCCCCAAUAUGGAGACGGGACAGAAUGAGUACCGUCUCUGCUUGAUCACAGGUAGAGUUGCCUGCUUUACCCAGGGCAAAUCCUAUGCGAUGGAAGCUCCGAAUGGUCGCCCUUUUGCCACCGAUCAAUACGCAAAGCUGGCUCAUGGAAAGGCCGUUCGAGACUUCCCUUUCAUUGCCUGUUCAGACUCUCAAUUCACCGAGAACGAAUACAACCGUUACCGCAAGACGAUGACUGUUGAAGAUUGUAAAAUGGCCACUCAGAGCAAAGUGGCCUCCAAAGUUGGGGAUAUCAAUCGACUCAUCAACCACCAAUUUACUGCCGAGGAGUUGAGCCACAAGCUGCGCCGCCAGGGUGCUCUUGAUGAGAAGUCUACUAUUCGUCGACGAUUCGAUCUCGAGCGCGAUUUACAUUUUGCCAAAGUCAACGGAAACACAGAGGAGGCCGAGAAGCUGCAGAAAGAACUCGAUGACAUUAACAACCCCAAGCUGUCAUGGGGCACUACACUCGUCAAGCAACAGGCCCCUGAAAAGACACUCUCUGAAGCCGAGCGAGUUCAUCAGAUCAACCUUCGCAACCAAAAACUCAACUAUGAGAACGUUCGUCGUGCCCAGCUUGAGGAACGCAAGGCCGCUCGGAAAGCUGCAGCAGCUGUGGCUCGCGGCGAAGCCGCAGCAGACCCAUUCAUGCGUGUUCGUACGAUUGCCAAGACCCACCACGAUGUGAACGAAAAGCCCCAGGAGUCGAAGUCUGUUGAUACCACCCCGGCCGAUACCCCCAAGGACUCACCCAAGCCUGUCACAAGCAAUUCCUCGCAGUUGGCCACUCCCAAGUCCAGCCUCACCCCAAAGAAGACAAAGAGUGGCUUUAUGAUUAGUUAUCGCAACAAUGACGAUGAGAACAUUGCGGCCCUGGAUUUAGACAUUGAUAUCGAUAUUUAG